UGGCGACAGUGAUGGAUGGCUAACUGCCUAGCGUUCAAACUUUGGAAACCACAGGCGGCGUUUGGAUAUGGGUUGGAUUUGGAAAUAUCGUAUAAACCCUUUUUAUACUACUUCUCCCUACGGUUUCUCCGGAGGGUACGCCGUCUUCCAUACUUCGUUUAUAUCAUCGACUUUCUGGAGAGUGUGUGCCACUGCUCGCACGUCGCCCCUACUGCCGUCUACCACAGAGAGAGUGUACCACCUCCCGCACUACAUCGCUGGGUUUCUCCAAGGGGUGUGACACCUCCUGCACUUCGCCUACUUCGAAUUGGUUACCCUAGAUGGAGCGGUCUGUGUUCAGGAAUUCUCCAAGAGCCGAGAUCUUGGCAGGGCAUCUGUAAGGUCAUCUGGACGAACUAUCGCUGUUGGCGUAGUUAAUCGGAUAAUUGGCCAAGGUCAGAACUAGAAGACCUCUUCUGAAAUCUGAACCAAAUCGUUGUCGUUCUUAGGGGUACUAUUAACAGACCCAUAGUGGGUACUGUACUAGUUAGCCUAUCAGAAGCCUGGCGCUGGCAAUUUUGUUUCGCAUUUGCAGCUUAAUGACAUCCUUGUUGAGUCGUUGUAUUGAGAUAUUGAUGCUCGGUCACGUCACACUUGAGUUUUGA